CUGCAACAGGGAUCUCCAAUUGAAAUCCGCUUGUAAUCAGUUCAGAUCUGAACUUGAACUUGAACAAUCGUGACGUGACCAAACCCCAUCAACAACUCAGAUUGCACUAGGCAAGGGCUAUACCUCCACAACGAGCAAUUGAUACGGGCAUGACUUUGAGGACUCAAGACAAGACCAAACACCCAUCACCAACAUUAUCCACACAUUCAACACACAUGCUGUGUUCAACCUGGUCUCUGCUCACCUGUGAUAAGUACGGAUCUCCAUGUGGUACCAACAGCACCGCUCUCCACUCAAAAAGCCCGCCCCAUCAGCUUCAGCCCCAGCUGCCCCUCCAACCCCUCACCUCCCAAAUCCAGAUAGCUAUCCCUCGAAAGCUCUCCCCCCCUCCUCUCCUACACCCAGCCUCAACAUCCUUCCAGAACCAUCACUCAUCAUCAUUCCACUCGAACCCCCUCGAAGCCAUUGCUCGCCAUAUCUCUCUAACAUCCGACAUCCUGCCCAGAAGCCCAACAUGGUCUACACACUCACUGUCCACCUCCACGCAAACGACCAACCCGACUCGGUCGAACGCAUAAAGGCAAAGCUCAUCGAGGCCUCGCGCGUCUACUCCAAAGAUCGCGAGACCGUCAGCUGGUUCGUUAUGCAGGACGUCCACGACCCCAGGUCCUUUACCAUUGUCGAGCGCUUCGAGACGGAAUAUAGCCAAAAGUACCACCUCGAGAACCCCUACUGGAAGACCUUUGAUCCCUAUGUUAAGCCUUUGCUCGACCGCGAGAUGGACCUGAGAAGACACGAGGAGCUGGAUACUUCCAAGGAGGUCAUCGUGCCUCAGUAGACCACGUGACUAGACAAUUGAAACAAUUACUUCUACAAUUCGCUACCUCACGAAAGUGACAU